AUGCUGCAAAGUAUUGCUAACAGGCCUCCGCUGUACAGUGCUCUCUUGAUUCAUGUCUAUCAAUACUUUGGAGAGUUCUACGGCUGCAGUGAGCAAGGAUCAGCAGAAUUUCCCAAGUACAAGGGCGUCGCCAGCAUGUAUGAGGUGCAUAAGUUCAUGAAAUCUGACCCCUGGGAGAGCGGAUACUUCAACGAGCAGAUCGUGUUGGCCGCCAAAUCUCUCGGGUUUGAGGAAGCUGAUUGUGACUUCACGUCCAAGGCGCUCGCGGCCACCUUUGGAAGACGCUGCUCGCCAGCUGCGCCCGUCAUCCCAGCAUCUGCGGGGCCUCAACUACAGGCCAUCUGCGUCUCAGAGAGCUGUCCACUGGACCUCAACGCUACCUGUUCUGCAUACCCGGACGAUGGAUUCGUUCCCUUCCCGGAGAUCGCCAAUGCGACUCUUGCCGGUGCCGUGGUCAAGGAGAAUGAUAGAGAGGCGCCUUCCAACGCCUCUGCAUCUGCCUCUAGCUUUGCUUCUGGUGCUUCCACGGGCUCUGCAGCGAGUGGUUCAUUGACCGGCGGUGCUUCUACUCUCGACUUGAACGGCGCUCUGAAGGUCAUCGGCACCCUCGCCACAAUCGUCGGCGCCGGUUUGUUCGUUGUUCCAGUCUGA